AUUUUUAUGAUUUGCCCUCCAAACGUCAAUUCAAAGUAAACAAAUAAUUCUGAAAUUGGUAGCAUGGAUCGUUUACAAGAUUUUUUUAAUAACUGGUGUUUUGUUUUAAAUUUAUUCCCGUGCCAUUAAACAAUUUUAAUGCCAGUGUUGUAUAGUUCUGUCAAAACGGUUACAAAAUGAUCAGGGAUCGGUCGGUAAAGUUGGCGCACGUCCUGUCUCGACGCAAGUCCAUAGAGGAAGAGGAGACUUAUGACACGAAAAUAAGACUUAAGAGAGUCCUCGGCCUGAUGGACCUCACGUUUUUGGGAAUUGGCAGCACUCUGGGACUUGGAGCUUACGUGUUGGCUGGGGCUGUGGCCAAGACUGAGGCUGGGCCUGCAGUAGUCCUUUCAUUUAUGGUGGCAGCUACAGCCUCUGCCUUCGCUGCCAUGUGCUAUGCGGAGUUCGCAGCCAGAGUGCCCCAGGCUGGCUCAGCCUAUGUCUACAGCUACGUCACUGUCGGGGAGUUGGCAGCCUUCAUCAUCGGCUGGGAUCUUGUUCUAGAAUACGUCAUUGGUGCCGCCAGCCUAGCUCGAGGCCUCAGUAACUACAUAGACUCUUUGCUUGGCAAGGCGAUGAGUAAAUAUCUCCUGGAACAUCUGCCACUCCACGUGUCAUUCCUCAGUCCUUAUCCAGACUUCUUGACCUUCUUCCUCAUCGUGACCGUGGCAGGUCUCAUUGCUUGGGGAGUAAAAGAAUCGACUUUGCUGAAUAACAUCUUCACGACGGUCAACUUGCUUACACUGACUACCGUCAUUGUUGCGGGCUCUUUCUACAUUGAUAAGAACAACUGGUCCCUUGAAAAGGACGAAAUACCGGAAAAGGAUGAUUUUGGUAAACCUGUUCGUGGAGGGGAAGGAGGUUUUAUGCCAUUCGGAGUCUCGGGCGUCAUGGCAGGAGCGGCCACCUGUUUCUACGGCUACGUGGGGUUUGAUGGGAUUGCGACUACAGGUGAAGAAGCCAAGAACCCAAGACGAAACAUUCCUCUGGCAAUCCUGAUGUCUCUGAUUGUCAUUACCAUUGCUUACAUCGGUGGAGCUUGCAUCCUCACGCUGAUGUUACCUUAUUACCUACAGGAUGAAGAUGCUCCCUUGCCCCAUGUGUUUGACCAUGUAAAUCUUAGCCCUGUCAGAUAUAUUGUGACAUUUGGAGCAAUUUUUGCCAUCAGCACCAGUCUGCUUUGCUGUGUAUUUCCGGUCCCUCGGGUCCUCUACUCAAUGGGCAGAGACAGACUGUUGUUCUCCCCAUUGUCUAAACUGAACUCCAAAACACAGACACCUGUGAUUGCCAUCACCUUUGCUGGGUUAUUAGCAGCUUUAACCGGUUCUCUCUUCAACUUGGAUCAGCUGAUAGACAUGAUGUCCAUCGGAACUCUGAUGGCUUACACGGUGGUCGCUGUGUGUGUCCUCAUACUCAGGUAUAAAGUAAGAGAAGGUGAAGAACAGCUAGAUGAAUCAUCAUCAUCGGAUGACGAUGAUGACGCAGGUGGUACAUCACAUCCUACACCUACUUCCGCUUCUGCGAGGAGAGCUUUCUGCGCACUUUCAGCCUAUAUCGUAUUAGCGCUGGCUACUUGCAUUACCCAUGUGAACGUUGAGAACCAAUUAGUGAAUGGAGAACUGUGGGCCAUUGUGACUCUCUUGGUAUUGGUUCUUCUCUUGGUCAUUACUAUACUGAUAAUGUGCUGCCAGCCCAAGAAUCGAGAGAGACUCUCAUUCAACGUUCCUAUGCUGCCCUUGAUUCCUUGCAUCAGCAUCUUCGUCAAUUUGUACUUGAUGGCCAAGCUGGACAGGCAUACUUGGAUGAGAUUCCUCUUCUGGCUCGUCAUAGGAAUGAUGAUCUACACAUCGUACGGGAUUCCACACAGUGUCAAGGGCCUCAAGAUGAAACGUGCUCAACAGGAGCAGGCGGAGCAACGGGUGGAGCAACGGGUCCCUGCUGCAGAAAACUCAUGAGAAAUACAAUAAAAUGUGUUCUUAAAAUUAAA